AUGCCCCAUACCAGCAUCGGAUACUACACCAUGUACGGCGGCGAUGUAGGAGGCUAUGCGGUAGCUGUCAGAAACGACUGCAAUAACCUAGCGAGGGGAUUUGGCUCAAGGCCAUCAAGAAUCACCUUUGUACGACUGCGGGAUCGCAGAGGACUCAAACUCUCGGUCGUAAGUGUGCGCGCACCUACAGAGGCUGCUGAAGACUAUCGCAGGGAUGCUUUUUAUGGUGAACUCAACAUGAUAUUCAAGACUGAUAUCCAAGAUACACAGUCACCGGGCGGUUGUUCGGCGGAAUUGAUGCGAACAACGAUCCGAUCGUAG